AUGUGCGAGUUUUGCAAGUGCUGGAUCACUGACAACAAAGCAGUAAGAUUUAGUAUACGACUAAUUAAAAGCUUGAAGAUCAUUUGUUUAAAUCGUAGUCUUGGUGAAUAAAAGAAAAGGAACAUUACAGUCGUCCUGAUUAUACAUGGAAUUGUUUGAUGAGACCCAUGAAAAAGUCUGUAUAGCCUGUGUGAAAGUGAUGUUAACUUCUAUAUCUCAAUUAUUUGACUUCACAACGUCAGGAUCAACAUCAAUGCCCUAAAUAGGCAUAUACAGUUUUAUUCUACCUUCGUAACCAGUGUUUAAAUUUGUUUCGUCAGAUUACGACUGACAACGGAUGCUUUCUGGUUUAAAAAAAGUGUUUUUUUUACACUAGUCUUGUAUUAAAAAAUUGUCAUAGAGGGGUGCCCACACGAUAGGUUCUGUUUUCUUGUCCUCUUCUCUGUGAGGCUGAGAGCUGAAAGAAAGUUUCUUCUCUUUGGAAAUUUGUAGAGUGUAGAGUUUCAUGAGAGGGGUAAGAAACACAAAGAAAAUGUACAGAAAAGAAUUCAAGAGGUAAGGGAGAUGUUGUGUGUUUGUUUCCAUGAUUUUACCCUCUGAAUCUCCUGAGGAUAAAUCUUUGUUCUUGUACUCUUUGAAAGCCUAUUUACUUAUAUAGAAAUGCUAAAGUGACAAACACUGAGGUAUAAAAACUUGUGCACUCAUUAAAAUUCCUCCUUGCUAAAAGCAGUCCACUAUCAGGAAGAAAUGGAAGGUUAAUCUCUUCCUUCUUCAGGUAUACUGUUUGUUGUUGCUUGUCUUUGUUUUUGAAACUUCCUUGCCUUAAAUCCUGCCAAUAUUUCAUAUGAAAGAGCUGAUUAGAACACAGCUGCUGUUGGACUUUUCUUUGCUCUGCUCACCAGGUUCAGAAGAAAGGCAAAGAAACUUCUCAGGCCCAGAAACAACUACUGAUGGAUUUAGAAGCCAUUGAAGCAGUAUGUAACAUAGAUAUGCUCUGAAUUCCUGCAAAGUAGCUUAUAGGUACCAGACCUUAAGACAAUUACUUGAAAAUCAGAAUACUUGAAUCACAUCUUCUUAUUUCCAAUUUCCUUUGAUCUCACUGCACAUAUUAAUUGUUAAGAUUUCUUGACUAAAAAAUUGCUCCCACAGAGCUUAAAUAGCUGUAAAGGCUGGUUUUCAUGCUAAAAACAAGGAUGUGCUUAAACAACAUAAAUAGAGGUAUUAAUCCAUUGAUUAUAAAAAGUGUCCUGUUUCAAUCUUCACUUACCAUCCAAUCUGUAGACAGUACUUGGAAAUGUAUUUCCUACUGCAUGAUUGCCAUCUUUGAGGCUGUUAAACUGGUGUUGUUUUAGAUUUCAAUUAUGUCAUGUUAUCUCCAAUAGGCAGCACUGAAGGCGUAUGAGAAAGACUUAAACAUUGAGCCAUCAAAAUCAAAGCCUGAAUCGAACACAGAGUCACAAAAAACACAAGCAAAUGAAACUUGUUCCAAAGGUGAAAGCUCUGUUGGUAAGAACCCAUGUGCAACACUCUCCUCAGAAACCCAAGUGUAAUGUCCCAUCAGGAUGGGCCAUAGAUUUACAAAAGCUGAGGUUUUUUUUAGUGAGGGAUUGUUUCUUGAUGAACAACUUUUAUAUAAGAUUGUUGAGAAAGGUGUAGUAACAUAACUAUAGGCCUUAAUUGUCUGUUUAUAGGAUGUGUCAUUUCUUAUGAGGGACAAACACCCGCUAUGCAUUGCAACCAUGGUUGGAACAUUGCUCAAGCACCAGAAGGCUAUUACUAUUAUUACAACACAACUACACAAGGUGAACAAUCCAUAUUUUAGAAUUUCUUUUUUUUUAAGAAGGUGCUAGAUUUAUCAAACAAUACUUACAUGUAGUGUCAAAGCCCAACAAUGAUCAGUUCAAGUUGGCAAAAACUGGUUGAUGGGUUCAGAAAUAUAUAGUGCAAACCGUAAAUGUUGAGAUAAAAUGACUACUAAAUUUAUGGAUUUAUUAUUGAUAGGAUUGAUUUCUUAAUUUUACAAUUCAUAUGAUUCAUUGACCACAAGAAUGAUUCCUUAAGUUUUGGAGUGAUUGGUUGACUGAUUGUUUGAUUGAUGGAUUAAUUGAUGGAAUGACUGAUUGACUGGUUGAUUGACAGAUUAAUUGAUGGACUGACUGAUUGACAGAUUGAAUGAUUGACUUCCUGAUUGUGACUGAUUGACUGAAUGACUUCCUGAUUGUGACUGAUUGACUGAAUGUAUUGCUUGAUUUUGAUCCUCAGCAUCUCAGUGGGAAUCCCCCAGUUGCUUAUCGACUCCAUCAAAUCAGGACAUGAGGUACAAUAGCUUAUUAAUAAACUUUUGUACUUAUAAAUGAUCAUUUUUCUCUAUCUGACUUGGUGAUAGACUUCUGUAUGAAGUUAGAAAUGUGUUAAUCAUUUUUUGCUAUUAAUUGUCAUUAUCAUACUUGUGUCUCCUAUAUCCGCCCAAGAAAUGCCAAGGAAGAUAAAGCACCGAGCAAAGAGGAUCAGACAAACUCUCAAAAUGUAGGUAUUGUACUAAAUACUGUCCAGAAUAAUAUGCAUGUAGUUGGUUGAAAGCAAAUUAACACUCUGCUUGUCUGUUCAGCCAUAAUUGACUCCUUAAACAAAUCCAUUUUCCAGCUCAGAAACUACAUACUGUAAUUUCCACUAACCAUCCAUGAUUUCUCAUCAAAUAAAUUGAGAAUUAAACUUAAUUGUGUUUCAGUUUUGACAAUGCUAUCACUACAUGAAUUUAUUUAAAUGGCAGAGGUGCUUAUAAAAACAAGACACUUUCUCAUUGGUCAAGGAUUAUGUAGUAUCUUACCAUAACCUCCCCAUCUGAGGUGAUUAUUAUAAAUACUGAAGCACUUAUUUUCAAAAUGGCCUCUGCACAUUAUGUUCAAUGUUGCUGACUUGACUGAAGGAAAUGCAAUUGCUUUGAUGAUCAGCUGUGAGUGAGUGAUAGUUCUUGAAAUUAUUUCCUUCUCCAGGCUCAGUGAAUUUCUAACAUAAUCAUUGUACCUUCUUUGGAAUCAGUCAACAAUACUCACUUUGUCCUUGGCAAAUAAUUAUUUAAUGUGAUCAGGUUUACAGCACAUUGUUCCUCAAUAUCAUCCACAGUUCCAAAUAUGAUUUAUUUUAUUUAACUGUGAGCAGGUCCCUUUACACAAGCAAAGAGCCAUCUAAAAUUAUCCUUACUCCCAAAAGAUAUCAUUUUGGCUUAGUUGGUGGUGGCACUCAAUUAGUGUCUAGGAGGCGUGUGUUCAAAUCACAUUAAAAUCUGUAUUUUUUUAUGAUGCUAUUUCUUUAAUUGCACUUCAAUUGCAAGGAUCAUUGCCUUGUUUGUUAUCAACCGCAGAUCAAACUAUCAAUCAUUUCUUUUAAUUGUGGGCAAGUCUUAUGGUGACUUUUGCUUUACUCACUGAUAUCUUUCCCUUAAUUAUACCAUGUUCUGAGAUUAUUUUUGAAAUUUGCCUUUUUCCACACAGAAAAUAGAAGAGAAUCAAGUUCAGAGAGAGGAAAAGAAACAAGUAAAAAACUCUCCAUAUGGACAAUGGACAACUGUCCAGACAUUCGAACCUCCUCCCCAAACGUAAGUGUUAUGUCGGUCAGCCAUUCUUCAUUGUGUCAUCUUUGCGAUAGCUUGUGACAGUGGAUAGCUAGACUCUAAUUUUGAGGCUGUAGGAGUUGUAAAAAGAGGGAGAAGAGGGAGUCUGGGCUCCAACUCUAAAGCCAAACAGAUUCAGAAAUGAAACUAAUCGGAAUUGUUCACUCGCCUCUCUAGAAUAGGCUCCAAAUUACCUUCUGAAAUACCGAGUGACGCUUAAUAUUCAUCUUCCUUUAGUCCACAUUGAUUCCAUGAAGCUCUUUCAAAUACUGAUCUGUGUAAGUCCUAAAUGUGACAGUUAUCAAUGUGUAUUGAAUGAUACAUAUGGAAGCAGAAGAAUUCUUUCUCUUUGCAGGGCGAAGAUUGCUUCUGUCAGCGAAAGCGAGACUCAACAAACAACAAUCGAACCAAACUCGACCGUAGUAAAAUUCAAAGAACGAUCAACUCCAAAAAUUACUUUCCGUUCAGUUGGCGACGGAAACGAAGUCGCCUUCAAGAAACGUAAACUCAACCCUGAGAAAAAGAAGAACAUUCGACAAACAGAUCCUAAUAAGGCCAGCUGAUACUCGAAGGAACUAUGAAGAAUCAGCAAUAAAUUACGUCUGUCAAUUAAAACACAGACUGAAUGUCUAGUGAUAACGGAUCCACAGUAGGAUGAGAAGAUCACAUUGGUAUCAUAAUAUGCUGCUAAGGGCUUAGAUCUACCUAUACAAUAUACAAGCAGGCUAGGUUAUCUUUGAUAUGCUCAAAUACCUGAGACAAACCCCUUAAAAGCAUUACCAAUUAUUGUUUAUAAACACAGACGCGAAUCAUACCCACCAGAAGAGUUUAUUGACAACGUUUGUAUCCCAGACUAGCCUCUGAUACUUCUUGAC